AUGGCUUCCUCUGCCGGAUCUUCUGCCAUCCUUUCCGUCAAGGCUGCCGCGACUUUCACCAAACAACAGUCGCUCUCUGCCCCCCGCUCGGUUUCUUACUUCCAGCAGCAGCGGCUGUCCUCUCCGGCGCUUCAGCUCCGACAUCAUUGCUUCACCUCCUCCUCACAAUGUAGAUCGAUCAGCUCCGGGGUGAAAGCCGUUGCUACUGUAGAACAAUCAAGCCCUGAAGCUUCACAGAAGGUGGAAUCUCCUGUUGUUAUCGUCACUGGAGCUUCUAGAGGGAUUGGCAAAGCAAUUGCAUUGAGCAUGGGAAAAGCUGGUUGUAAGGUCCUGGUUAAUUAUGCAAGGUCAUCUAAGGAAGCUGAGGAAGUUUGCAAGGAGAUUGAGGCAUGUGGUGGUCAGGCACUGACCUUCGGUGGAGAUGUUUCUAAAGAAGCUGAUGUGGAAUCAAUGAUUAAAACGGCUGUUGAUGCUUGGGGAACUGUGGACGUAUUGAUCAACAAUGCAGGAAUCACCCGUGAUGGCUUGUUGAUGAGGAUGAAGACUUCUCAAUGGCAAGAGGUUAUUGAUCUAAAUCUUACUGGGGUGUUCCUGUGUACUCAGGCUGCAGCUAAGCUAAUGAUGAAGAAGAAAAAGGGAAGAAUCAUUAACAUAGCAUCAGUUGUUGGUCUUGUUGGUAAUGUUGGACAAGCCAAUUAUAGUGCAGCAAAGGCUGGAGUAAUUGGCUUGACGAAAUCCGUGGCUAAGGAAUACUCUAGCAGAAAUAUCAAUGUGAAUGCUGUUGCUCCUGGUUUCAUUGCAUCUGAUAUGACAGCCAAACUUAGUAGUGACAUUGAAAAGAAGAUAUUGGAGACAAUCCCACUAGGGAGAUACGGCCAACCAGAAGAAGUUGCUGGACUGGUUGAAUUCUUGGCCCUGAAUCCGGCUGCCAGCUACAUCACUGGACAGGUCUUUACCAUUGAUGGAGCCGCGACAUCAUCGUACGUAUCGACGUCGUCAUCAUCCUCAUCAUCAAUAUUCUCAAACUAUGCUCUGAUUUCUGCUGUCUUGGCCUUUGCUAUUGCUCAAUCCUUCAAGUUCGUCACGUCUUGGUACCGUGAAAAAAAGUGGGAUCUGAAGCAACUUGUUGGAUCCGGUGGGAUGCCAUCAUCCCAUUCAUCAACCGUCACUGCUCUGGCAAUGGGGGUUGGCUACCAAGAUGGCUUUGGCGGGCCAUCAUUUGCUAUCGCAUUGAUCUUAGCUUCUGUGGUUAUGUACGACGCAACGGGUGUACGGUUACAUGCUGGACGACAGGCCGAGGUUUUGAAUCAAAUUGUCUGUGAACUUCCAUCUGAGCAUCCUCUUUCAGAGAGCAGACCAUUGCGGGAACUUCUUGGCCACACCCCACCUCAGGUUGUUGCUGGCGGAUUUCUCGGCAUUGUGACAGCAACAAUAAUCCAUAUGAUGUUUGGCUGGGGGAGUAUAGCUUGA